AUGAAGCUCAAAAAUAUAGGUAAAGUAUACCCAUCUCCUUCUUAUUCUUGUGAAGAUUAUCUUCCCGUUUUGAAGCUUCUUCCGGCCGCCAUUUUAGCUAUUGCUUCAGUCCUUUCUCUUGAGGACAGGGAAGUUUUGGCCUAUAUGAUAACCAGGUCCCUCAAAACAACCACCACUACUGCCACCGCCUCCUCUUUAAUGAGCCAAGAUUUUUCUUCCAAGAAAAAAGCUGCCAAGAAAUCACCACUGGCCGCAGUAAAGAUGGCCCCAAAGGGUGGAUGUUCCGCCCACAAGCCACCCGUUUUCGAUUGUGACUGUUUCGACUGCUACACGAGUUAUUGGUUUCGCUGGGACUCUUCUCCCAACGGUGAGCGUAUCCAUCAAGUUAUUGAAGCUUUCGAAGAGCAUCUAACUCACGGGGAAACCAAGAAGCCUUCCAAGAAAAGCGCGCGGCUCAACAGGAAGGACGGCAGCGGCAAAAUGGCCACUCGGGUCGCUGAAGUUCCAGUCGUCGAAUCACCGGGACAGCCCGGCCGCAAAGCUCCUGUCUUGGAGCUUCCCAACAAGGAAGCACCGGUUUUUGCUGCCUCAACGGAUGACAAAGAAGUUAAAGAGGAAGUUGUAAAGGCGGAGGCGAUUGAAGUGUUUCCGGUAGCAGAUUCAGAUGGAGAUGUGCAUACGACGGGAACAGCGGACGCGGCGGCGACGAGUAGCCAAAAGGGUCUGGCUCGGAAGGUGUUACUGGACGUGUUAGGGCUAUUCAAUUCUCGUUUAUGGGGCCUUUGGAAUCCAAAUGUGUAA